AUGGAGCAGAAAAAUUGGAACCUUCUGGACGAAGCGUUGGGGCUUCACAACAAUAACGCCAAGCCAUGGCCUCUGUGUGGUCGCUUCGUGCUUGUGGAGGACUGUGUUGACACGAGCGCCGCUUUCGUUCUUCAUCACAUCCUCAAACGCUCCUUCUCUUCUUACCCUUCUUCCGCCGUUCUCUUCCUCGCCUUCUGUCACACUUUCUCCCAUUACGAUCGUGUCCUCCGAAAGCUCGGUUGCAACUUAGCUGCUCAAAGAGAUAAUGGCAGAUUCUUUUUCCUUGACAUGCUUAUGUUUCAGUGUCCAGGUGAAGGAAAACCCAAUUAUGGGCUUGCUUCUGUGUUUGAGCAAAUUGAAAGAGUGAUCACUGUGUUACAUCAAGAGAAGAAAUCCAUCUCUAUCAUUAUAGAUGAUAUAUCUUUUCUUGAAGUUGCUGCUAAUGGUUCUUCUGAUGAUGUUUUAAACUUGCUGCAUUAUUGCCAUACGUUAACAUCAGAAUAUGGUUGUGCAUUUAUUGCACUUGAUCAUAAAGAUAUUUAUUUGAAUGGAGACAGGGCUGCUGUUAUCUUAGAGAUGGAGUACCUUGCUGACAUUUUGGUCAAGGCUGAACCGUUAGCCACUGGUUUAUCAAAAGAUGUGCAUGGACAGUUGAUGGUGUUAGAUAAGGAAACACAACAUCAACAUGGAAUUUCAGCCAUUAAGACUUACGACUUUCACUUCAAAAUCAAGGAAAAUGGCAUCGAGUGCUUUUAUCCUGGCACAAAAAUCUAG